GCGAAGGGAUUUGGUGAUGAAUCAGUUGAGUGCUACUUUGCAAUGAAAAUAAGAGCACGGCUCUUCGGAUUUCGGCGUGUGCCAUUUGCGUUUUCAGGCUAAAUUGUUGCACAUUGAAAUUGGCGACUUGCUACAUCCCAGUAGUUGAGAGAAAACACAAGAAGAGGUUUUUGGAUUACUUUUUCCUUCCCAUUUCUUUUCAGCCAUUUAAUUCUGUUGUAACGCGUUUUGCGCAAGAUACGUUAAUAUCCAGAAUUUAGCAAUAUCGUGUGUUCUUUUUCCUCUUGUCGCUAGGCGCCUUUUAUUCGCAUUGUUUAUGUGUUGCUAAACUAGCUAAACGGAGCAUAGCUAAAGUUAUAGAAAGUUUCAUUAGUGUGUAGGCUACUGUUUUUGCGUAAAUGAUGCUUCGAGCUGAAUGGCGCUUUCCACACAAACUUCGAAAACUUUCCGUAACUGAUGUACGAUAAGAAAACGCGUAGGCAUGGCAACGCACUGAACGUUACACUUCAUUUUCCACAUACAAAGAGGCGCAGGUUGUUUACAUGAGAGUCUACGGAUCUUAACAGGGGUUUUAUCGCUAUUUUGCGGUUUUAUUCGAAGGCAGGUAGCGAAAAGAUGUAUUUCUGUUUCGAUGGAGCGAUGGAGACGUGCGGCAAGUUUCUGAGGAAAAGUUUAUGAAUAGCGGUAACGAGUAUUUCUGAUUUGGAUGUGUGUUUUUGUGAAUUAAUAACUAAUGGAACGACUUUAUAUUUGUUUUAGCAACUGUGUGGAUAACUUUAACACUUAGGUGUGAGGCUUGUAGCUCACAAAGUUUCUAAUGGCGUGACCAAAGUGGCGUGAUGGAGCUUAUCACUUUCCAGAAACUUUUCGACAGAAGUAUUUAAAUCCUCUAAAAUAAAGGCAUGUAUAUAGAAAUUGUACAUUUUUUGUUUUGGCAUGUACAGUAGUCUUUUCCCCCCCUUAUCUUUUGUUGUUGAUGUAAUCCAUCAAUAGAAACUUUUUCUCAGUCAGUACAGACAUUAUGUAUGAUGCAUGUGUAUGUAUAUAUACAUAUAUAUAUAUAUGUGUGUGUGUGUUCAUAUCUUAUACCUUUUGUGUGAUAUGAGUAACACUAUUUGAACCUUCCUCAGUUCUGCAACUGUGGUAAUGUUUCCAGUUAAUAUGGUUUUACAAUCACUUUCACAUUAGAAUGUCAUUAUUAGCAAGUUUAAAAGUGUGUGGGAACAAGUAUUUAUCUUAAAACUGAUAAAAUCACCCACACUUCACUAAAAAAUGUCCUGCAAUGAAGCGUAACCUGUAUAUCUGAUUGUUGUGAUACAAAAUCCUAUGUUGGUUCCAGUAGAUGAGUUGCGCUGUUUCCUGUAAACUGUGAAAGUUGCCACACUCGGGCAGUCUGGAAAUGAUAUGCUCUCUUUUUCUGUCUUGAAAUGGUUUGUCGGUAAAAGUUUCUUAAUGACAAAGCCCGUGCAGGCAAAUGCGGCUCAUCAUUUAGAGAAACUCACAACUGUACACAUAGUUUCAGAUACAGUCAACAGGGAACCUCAUCUCUGUCAUCAUCAGUCACAAUCACUUUAUCAUAACUCUUUUGCAGUUGCAUGACUAUUUUUUUAUUCUUUAAGGACGUUUAAGUAGUUUUUUGUUGUAUCUAAAUCUAAAAAUAUCUCCAUCUGCUUGGAAUAUUAUUUAAUUCCACUCAGAUAUGUUCAACGGUUUACUAGAUUCAGUUCUCAGUCCACACAGAAGAAUAAGAUCCACAUGAGUUGUCUGAUAAGGCGCGUUUGAAGUGAUUGAAAAGCUUGAGGUGUAUUUGAAAUGUAAAUGACUCCACAUCUGUGAGCUCUUUGGAGAGAGGCAAUAGAUCAGCGCUGUAUAGUCAGGAACUUUACGGCUGACAAAUGAAUUUGGGCCUUGGUGGACGGAGAAAGCAGCAGUGGGGGUCUUUCAUUUGUUCUUCGUGGCUUCUGAGUUUGCACAACUUCUUUUUGGGUUAACUUCUUGCCGCACCGAGAUUUGCCACUUGUGUCCCUGCGGCAGAUUCAUGUGGCGUUGGUGCCGUUGAAUAGAGAAAAUAAAUGGUAGGGGACUUUUUUUUAAUGACAGAGAUAGAGAAUGGAUCACGCUAACAUAUUAAAUCCAGGUGUUUGCUUGCAAAAGAACAUAUUGUAAGUAGUUUUUGACUUCAAAAAAUAGUCAUUUUUUAGCAUUCUUGGUUGCUAGAAAAUAUACUUGGACCAGAUUAUUAUUUUUGCAUAUCAUUUGUUGCUCCAAAGUGAACACAAACAAACUUAUAAAAACUUUUUUUGGUAACACUUUAUUUUGGGUCUUUUAACUAGCAUGCAUAUUACAAGAUUAUUGGCUGUUUAUUAGUACUUAUUAAGCACAUAUUAACUAUUCUUAACCCUACCCAAUACCUAAACUUAACAACUAACUUACUAACUAUUAAUAAGCAGUAAAUUAGGAGUUUAUUGAUGGGAAAAGUCAUAGGUAAUAGUGAAUAUGUGUUCCUUAUACUAAAGUAUUACCGUUUUUUUUUUAAUGGACUGAAUAAGUUUUAAUUGUGAUUAUUAUUUUUUAAACUUAGCAUUGCCGUGAACGGCAUAGUAUUUUUUUUUUCCCCCCCAGCCAAGUGUUUUGAAAUAAUGCAUCAAUGACUUUAAUAGAAAUUCUUUUUGUUUUGUUUCUCGUGGUUAGAAAUCUCCAAACACUGGAGACAUGAAACUUUAGAAUAUAUAUUUUUUUGUACUCGCCUGAUGAAAUGCCAAGGUUUACAAAGAGACAGCUCCUGAUAAUUGGUACCCUUAAAAGCUUUUAUAACAUAUAUUUGAUGUAGCCUGCAUAUGAAUAGCUUGUCUUUUUUUUUUUUUUUUUCUUCGGAUUUUCAAGAAUAAAAGAGCCGCAGUUCACAGAGGUCGUCCCUUGUCUCGUCAUAUGCUUUUCAUCCUGUUUUUAACAGUGUUUUGAAGUCACUAAAUGGCUCUGGAUGUGUGCUAUAGACUUGUUAUGGUGAGUUAUAGCAGAUAUAUUGUAGGACUCAUGGAUUUUCCUCACUAAACUUUCAUGCAACAUGAAUGGAUUUGAUGCGAAAUAACUAGAAAAGUGUGUGUUUUUUGUGUGGGCGGUUUAUGAAUCUAACAUUGAGCUCAAGUUUUUGUCAUCCGAAUUAAGUGCUUUGAAUUUAAGUGUUAAAAAAACGUAUUUCUCACACCCGUCGUGGGAAUGAAACACGAGGACCUUUGACCUGUGAUGUCAUAGCAAUCUCCUUUAUCCUGUGAGGGAAAAAGAAUAGGUUUAGCUUCAUGCAUAUUAUAUUUUGAUGGCUAAUUUUUACAUGUCACAAAUGCAGCUGAAGUGUAUUUAACAACUACUCCCCAGAUAAGACACAGUUUGGGUGUUUGACUCUGUUUGACAUCACUUGUUAGGCUAAUUAUGUGGCGUGUAAUAUUUUAGUGGUUAGCGUACAUCUGGUAAAGUUUGCUGACUGAAAACUCUCGUAUUCCCAGUAGAGUUGUAGGUUGCAGUGCAAGCGAAGAAAAAGAAAUCAAAGUUCCCCUAAAUCUUCAUUCUUACUCAUUGACAAAAACUCUCUUUUUCUUUUUGGUUAAAGAAUUAAAAAUAACUGACAUUUGUAUUGCAUAAAUGCCAGAUAAAGUGAUGUGACGAUAAACCUUUUAUUGGUCGGAUGUGUUGACAUUUUGGCUGAGUGUGGUUUUUCAAAGCUGCUGGUUCCCGUUAGCUUUUUAACUAAAGUUAGAGUAUCAAUCAGUGUUUAUUUGAGGUUCAAGCUUCAUAUCAAAAACUUUCUGAAAGUUUUCAAGUCAGAUCUUCCAGCAGUGCCCACUUCCUCUCCUCCCCAUUCCGACGUGCCGAGUUUACUUCGUCCACCGAACCUCCCGUCCGCCGGCCCCUCUGGAACGCUGAUGAGUCAGUUUAGCCUUUUUCUUUCUUUCUUUCUUUCUCUUCUUUCCUUUCUAUCACUGUGUGUGUUCUUUUACCUCGCAAACAGGUUUUCGUUUGGCUUUUUUCAACGUUUUUUUCUCAUGGUGGCUGAACGUUCUCCGUCUGUGUGGUCUGGAGCCUGGUGCGGUUGACUAUUGCUAACCUGACACAGGUUGGACAGAAUGAGUCGAAGAAAAGUGAUCGUGAAGAACGGUGUGGUUUGGUCACCCCUCGCCCCCAGGAUCUUCUGCACCUGUGAGGUCUUCUGAGAAAAGGAAGUACGGGACGGCGCAUUUCACAAGCAACGCACGUAGAUCGAGUAAACUUUGUGAACACUGUGGGGAAAAAAAUGGAAUGAUUCCCAGGCCAGAAUGGAUGUGGAAUAAAGGAUACCUCGGAGGGCUCCUCAGGGAAGGGUCUUUGGAUACUCUGCCAGCUUUGAUAUCUGCCUCCCUGUUGGAUUUGAGUGUGAUAAUGCUAUAACCCAAUGCUUAACAGAGAUAUGGUGCGGAAAAAGAAUCCCCCUUUGAGAAGCUUCGGCGGUGAAGAAGAGGAGGGCGAGGCGGUGGCAGCUGAGGCUACGGGCCCGGAGAGCGGGAACACGGGGAGCCAGGCCUCUGAGCCUGACCGGGCUGUGGGCGAAGAGCAGGAGGAGCCGUCCUCCCCUGGCCCCAUCAAACCAGACAGGCCUGACUUGCAUUACUCCAGCCACAACCUGGCAGCGUCCUACUCCAGCCGCGAGGGCACCGAUAGCGAACCGCUGGACUCCGCCACCUCCCCAACAACCUCUGAUCCGGGUGACAGACUGGACUGUGAGGACGACCAGAAUGGUCUAAGGCCGAACACCCGGUCAGGCGGCGUCAUCGUACAAGGCUGCACCAGUAACGGAGAGGAGAGGGACGCCACACACAGCCCACUAGCAUUGUUGGGCUCUGGCAGCCCUUGUGGCACAGCUGUCGAAGGCUCUAAAGUCCCUCCUGUUACUCUUCAUCCACAGAGGCCGAUCGGGGGAGCGGAGGAUGCCCCUAGCCCUCUGGGAGCUGAGACGGGAGCACCUCCGCCCACCUCACCCAAACUACAAGACUUUAAGUGCAACAUUUGUGGGUACGGCUACUACGGCAAUGACCCCACGGACCUGAUCAAACACUUUCGUAAGUACCAUUUGGGCCUGCACAACCGGACGCGGCAGGACGCAGAGCUGGACAAUAAGAUUUUGGCACUACACAACAUGGUGCAGUUCACAGCCCAGUCACAGGCCAAAGACUCAGCGCGCCUCCUCGGCCAAUCAGCUCAGAGCGGCUCUGCGGCAGAAGCGGGGUCACCCAGGUCCUCCGUACUUAACGGCACCUACGACGUACAGGUAACGUUAGCCGGCACCUUUAUCGGGAUUGGGAGGAAGACGCAGGAUUGUCAGGGCAACACCAAGUACUUCCGCUGCAAGUUCUGCAACUUCACCUACAUGGGAAGCUCCUCUGUAGACCUUGAGCAGCAUUUCCUAGGCACACACCCCAACAAGAUGAAGAGUCCACCUCCGUCCAAUCCCAACCUCGAGGAGAAGUCCUCAAGUGAACGGAAGGGGAACUGCGUACAGCGGAUUGGGGCAGAUGAGCAAGGGAAGUGGGCCGAUCGAGUGGCGGUAAGGGCUGAAGAUGACUCUGUGGCUGGGUACUCUGUACCAAUCAGGGCGUCAGACUCCCCUAAUCACACUGGGGGUGACACCCCCAGUGCGUAUUACUGGUGCAAAUAUUGCAGCUUUAGUUGCGAAGCCGGCAGCUCCUCUAGGCUUCUGGAGCAUUAUGAGAAGCGACACGGCCAGGCGGCCGUCAGGGAGGGAAGUCCAGGAGACAGGGACAGAAAGGCACGUGACGGAGACUCCCACUUACGGAAAAAGGAGAAGACCGGGGCGACAGCCGACGCUGAAACGGUAGUAACUAGUUACAACUGCCAGUUCUGCGACUUCCGUUACUCCAUGACGCAUGGACCGGAGGUCAUCGUCGUGGCUCCGCUUUUGCAUCACUACCAGCGGGCUCACAGCAUUCACAAGUGCACCAUUAAACAUUGCCCCUUUUGCCCCCGUGGGCUCUGCACUCCCGAGAAGCACCUGGGGGAAAUCUCCUACCCCUUCGCUUGCCGUAAGAGCUCCUGCUCGCACUGUGCUCUACUUCUGCUGCAGCUAACAGCCGGAGGGACCACUACCCCGUCCCCGCCAGCUCCCCGAGCGUCCGUCACCCACCUGUGUGACCAGUGCCCAUUCACAUCACCUGAUAUUGACUUGCUUCUCUUGCACUAUGACAGCGCCCACACCUCUCACACCUUACUGGAAGUCAAACCAGAGGAGGAGGGAUCAGGGGAUGGAGGGGCGGGGCCAGGGCGGGACCAUCCCGGAGAGUACGCCUGCACUAAGUGCCAUUUCUUCACUGAAGUGGAGGAGGAGAUCUUUCGUCACUACAGGAGAGUUCACGGCUGCUGUCGUUGUCGGCAUUGUAGCUUCACUGCCACGGACACCACGGCGCUGCUGGACCACUUCAACUCCGCCCACUGCCAAGACUCCACGGAUCCGGCCUCUGCUCCCGCGAACGGCUGCUCUGCCCCUUCAACCCUCCGCAUCAAAGAGGAGAGCAAAGGUGAUCUGAAACUCUAUAGCCUGGUGACUCGAGAGGCCAGCGGAGCCGAGCCGCUUCCCGGCUCAGAGGGCGUGAAGAGCGAGGCCCAGGACGAGAAAGAGAAGGGCUGGUUUGAAGCGCUGGGCCCUGUGGCUGGCGGUGGAGUCCGAGGAGGGGAGCAACACGUGCAAAGUCUGGUGUGGGUGCCCAAAGAACGUGCAGGAGAGAUUCUUAGGGGAAGCCCAGCCCCGUUCCCCCAAGCCACACUGGGUCUGCUGAACGCUGUGACAGCGGGAGUAAAAGACCAGCAGCAGCAGAAGGGAGCGGCCAUGAUUAGAGACUCAUCGGGACUGAUCUUCAGCCUCAGCGCAGAUGCUAAAGGCUACCUGCCGGGGACGCCAACGAGCGGAGCGGAGAAAGCCGGGCAGCAGUACCCAACCUCUACCGAGGGCAAAAGUGCCAAGGAAGAGUCUCAGUCACUCUUACGGAGACGGCGGGGCUCGGGGGUCUUCUGCGCCAACUGUCUGACCACCAAGACCUCGCUGUGGAGGAAGAAUGCCAACGGCGGCUACGUGUGCAACGCGUGUGGCCUCUAUCAGAAGCUGCACUCGACCCCCAGACCGCUGAACAUUAUCAAGCAAAACAACGGCGAGCAGAUCAUCCGUCGACGGACACGCAAGCGCCUGAACCCUGACCCCGUCCCGCCUGAGCAGGUGGGGUCCAAGCAGCAGCGCGUCAACAGCGAGGAACGUCUCAACGGCAGCCCCUUAGAGAGGAGGACUGAGGAAGCAGGAUCCGAUGGGUCUUUAUCACGUGCCGAGACCCAAGCCCAGUUGGGCAAAUAUGAGUCUUAUGGCCCAUCCGGACCCAAAAGUCACCCUAGCCCCCGCUCCACCCACGCGUUCCUCGUCAACCAGACGCUGGAGAUCCACAAGCGUAUGCCACCACUGCAUAUGCACAAGAGCCCGGCGGACGGAGGGGCUGAGGGAAACGGGCUCGGUGUGGGACCCCAAGGCGGGGACGGUAAGGGUGGCUCGGAGCGGGGCAGCCCUAUUGAGAAGUACAUGCGUCCGUCGAAGCAGGCCAGCUACUCUCCUCCCGGAAGCCCCAUCGAGAAGUACCAGUACCCGAUCUUGAGCCUACCCUUCCUCCACAACGACCUGCAAAACGAAACAGACUGGUUGCGCUUCUGGACUAAGUACAAGAUGUCUGUGCCGGGCAACCCGGGUCACUACCUGAGCCCCAUGGCCGGCCUUCCCAAUCCGUGCCAAAGCUUUGUGCCUUACUCUACUUUCAGCUUACCGCCUCAUUUUCCCCCGCCGACCCCUUCUGGACCCGAGAGCGACACGCCUCUCGACCUGGCCAUGAAACAUUCCAAACCCAGUCCGACGCCCAACGGGGCCCUCGUCGCCAAGGAAAGCCGGGCGUCGCCCGCCUCCGACAGGGAGACAGAUCAGCCGGAGGAAGCCGAAGAGACUUUGCAAGUCCCCAAACCGGAGAAGGUUGAUCAGGCCACACAAGAUGAUCUCUCCAGCAAAUGUGCCCACUGUGGCAUCGUCUUCCUGGACGAGGUCCUGUACGCCCUGCACAUGAGCUGCCACGGUGAGGGCGGGCCCUUCCAGUGCAGUAUCUGCCUGCACGCUUGCUCCGAUAAGUACGAUUUCACAACCCACAUCCAGCGAGGCCUCCACCGGGCCGCCCCCGAGGCCAACGCCAACCCCUCUAACCAAUGAGCUUUACGGACCUGCAGUCCGAGCACAACUAGAGCAGCGCUCGUACGAAUGAAUCCAUUGACGUGCCAAGACGGAUCAAGGUGCCUAAGCAGCCAAUGCUAGAAACUUCAGUCAGCAUAGCAUUUCUGUGGGAGCUCCCAAACACAAACACACUUUUAACGAACAAAAACUGCUUUUUGAAGACAUCGGUACAUGUAGCUAUAUAUUUUCGUUAGUCCAGAUAUGUAAUUUUCGACAAGGCAGUUCAGCAAGCAAGGUACAUCUACUCAUUUCUCGUCGUCGUCGUUGUGUGUAUUCACAGAUUUAUGAAAAGUUCUCUGGUUCUGGUAAAAAUGAGGAUGUGUUUCUGCAUGUGUGGCUCGGUGUAGGAAAAUGUGGCAGUCGUCUGUCACUAUGGCAACAGCAUAAAUGACUGUCGUCCUCAAACAAACAUCCAGCAUCCUCAGGGAGUGUGUAUGGCUGAAUAGACAAUAUUAGUUUAUAGUCUAGUUAACAUACUAAAUGUCUUAAGUUUGUUUUUGUUUUUUUUUAAGUUAGGUAAGUCACAGAAUUCCAUCAGAACUUUUAAGCUGCUGCCUUAGUUGCUGGGAUGCAAUUCUUAUUACUCUAGAAAUUUGGGAAGGAAUAAAAACGUAUUUUUUUCUAGGUUGUUAAUAGUAAAAUCACAUUAUCAGUGCCUGAUAUAUUGUACAAAGUAUUUUCUACAUGAGAUGUUGAUAUGCAACAUUGAACUUGCAUCUGAAUAAGGGCCUGGAGUUUGGCUCUGACAAACGUUUACAUUUGCAAAUGUAGCAAACGACGUAAUGAAGCAACACCUGAACUUUUUUUUUUUUUUUUUUUUUUUUUUUCCCACGAAAACAGUAAGACAAUUCAAUUUCCUUUCCUCCAAAGGUGGAAUAUUAAAAGUACUAUGGUUUUUUUAUCUUUGGCCACAAUUCAUUCCAAGCAUUGUCAUCUUCUGUUACCAUGUUCUUGUGCUUUGUAGUUGAUGAAGAAGCUUCUUGUAUCGGACUGAAGUCUUCCUGUAUUUUUCUCCUGCUCUUCUGAUAGCGAACAUUCAAGGGAAGCCGAUCAGGCUGUGCUUUAUUUGGUCAUUUUAUGGGAGCCAGUGCUCUAUAACAUAAAAAUAAUAACUUUUCUGCCAGUCUAAAUAUAUCGUGUUCCACCUUUAAUUCUAAAGAGCAGUUGAAAACACCUUAAAUUUAAAAUGAUUCUGUGUACUGUUGAUGAAACUUAAUAACUGCAGGUGUUUCUGGUGCCUUUCGAUGGCAGUUGUCUCAAAGAGGCAUAACAUUGUUAUUUAUAUUGUUGUUUCACCCAGCUGUACUUUGGUUUAUGCUCCUUUUGCAAUUUUUAUCAUGUGGAGGCGAGUGGACAACCGUCUACCUGAGCAACUGAACAACACGUCUGUUUCUAAGUAAUAAUGAGCUCAGAAAUAAUCCAAACGUGAUUUAUCAAGUCAAGCGCUUGAUAUGUUUUAAAGCUGUUUAUGCUGCAUCUCAGAUUUCCAUUUUAUUUGAAUAGGGCAAAAAAUCAUUUGAACCCUCCCAGAUUGUGUUUUUGUUUGCUAGCAACUUUUUUUUGUUGUGCUUCUCCUCCACAUUCGCUCCUUUUCAUGGCCACAGGUUCAGUGAGUUGGGCCCGGUCUGACUUCAUACAGACAUUAUUUAUAUGAACUGGGGAAACAGGGAGAGAUCGAGGCUCAAAACGUCUCAUUUGCUCUCUCUGUUUUUCUCCAAAUCUAGCCUUACAACGCUGCUUAACUGCAAAUGCCUCUUAAAAACAACUGAAAUCAUUAUAAACCGUCGCUUUUAUACAGUUGGGUAUUAAAUAACAUAAGAUUCUUAUUUUUAUUUUUUUGUCUCUAAAUGUUCAUUUUAAUUUGAAAAUGUUAAUGCUUGCACUUCAGUUACUCUGUUGCAAAAGAAGAAAGAUGAAAUGUGUUAUUAGCAUGCUAAGUACAGGUACUGCAUUAUAAUAAAUGAACGAGAUCUUGCCUAUGUUCGAAGGUCUUAGCAAUAUUGAAACACAAGGAGUAUUUGAUGGAGCCUGGAAGCUUGUUUGGUCAAGGCGAAGGGCAUAAAUAUGUAAAUGUUUUAACCAUUAUUCUUAGAAUGUUAUUGUUUUUACACUUGCUGCAUUUAAAGUGCAUAGAUGAUGAUUUUAGGAUUUUCUUUUUUUUUUUUUUUUUUUCAGCUGCCACCUUAACUUUUGGUUUUGUUUUUUUCUUUUUCUUUUUCAUUUUUUUUUUUUUUUUUGUGUGGUAGGUUUUUACAUGCAAAAAGAUUCAAUAAAGAUGGCAAAGAUGUCUGUUACAUCUAAACUUGAAUAAUAAUGAUGAUGACGAUGAUAAUAAUGAUAAUAAUAAAAUAAUAAAACAUUUU